CACACGCGCACACACAGCAUCCUCAGAUAACAGGUUGCAAUAAAUUGUCAGCACGCCCACUUUGCAGGAGCAGUUCUCACUGCCUUCCUGCCAGCUGCCAGCACUUCAUGAGUGCCUCACACCGAGAUGGGCUCUAAGUGAGUUUUGCUCAUCUGGGCAGACUUCCUCCCUUCUUCCAUAAAGGCUGCAGAAGACAUAUAGCUGUAACAGGACCCGCCUCAAGAACUUGAAGAAGAGCCCCCCAGACCAGCCCUCGCCAUGCUCCGGACUGUUCUGGACGCUCCUCAGAGAUGGCUGAAGGAGGGGAGAGCGUCCCGGCAGCUGGUGCUGGUGGUGGUAUUUGUUGCUCUGCUCCUUGACAACAUGCUGCUCACUGUGGUGGUGCCCAUUGUGCCCACGUUCCUGUAUGCCACGGAGUUCAAAGAAGUCAACUCCUCUCUGCACCUCGGCAGUGCUGUCACCUCUCCCGUGUUUACCACCGUCUUCUCCUUCUUUGACAACACCACCGUGACUGUCGAAGAAAGUGCACUCAGUAGCACAGCACCGACAAACGGCACUCCUGGCACCAUCCCCCCUCCAGUUACCGAAGCCAUCUCAGCACAUAGAAACAGCUGCUUGCAAGGCACAGACUUCUUGGAGGAAGAGAACACCCGUGUGGGGGUUCUGUUUGCUUCAAAGGCUAUAAUGCAACUUCUGGUCAACCCAUGUGUGGGCCCUCUCACCAACAGGAUCGGAUAUCAUAUUCCCAUGUUUGCUGGCUUUGUUAUCAUGUUUCUCUCCACCGUUAUGUUUGCUUUUUCUGGCACCUAUGCCCUGCUGUUUGUGGCCCGGACCCUUCAAGGCAUUGGGUCUUCAUUUUCAUCGGUUGCAGGUCUUGGGAUGCUGGCCAGUGUCUACACUGAUGACUGUGAAAGGGGACAAGCCAUGGGAACUGCCUUGGGGGGAGUUGCCUUGGGAGUGUUGGUGGGAGCGCCCUUUGGAAGUGUGAUGUACGAGUUUGUUGGGAAGUCUGCUCCCUUCCUUAUCCUGGCCUUCCUGGCACUACUGGAUGGUGCUCUCCAGCUUUGCAUUCUACAGCCUUCCAGAGUCUCUCCUGAGAGUAUCAAGGGGACUCCACUCCUUACGCUUCUCAAAGACCCUUACAUCCUGGUGGCUGCAGGUGCCAUCUGCUUUGCCAACAUGGGUGUGGCCAUCCUGGAGCCCACAUUGCCCAUCUGGAUGAUGCAGACCAUGUGCUCCUCUGAAUGGCAGCUGGGUCUGGUUUUCCUGCCUGCCAGUGUGUCCUACCUUAUCGGCACCAACCUCUUUGGGGUGUUGGCCAACAAGAUGGGGAGGUGGCUGUGCUCCCUGGUUGGGAUGCUGGUUGUAGGCACCAGCCUGCUCUGUGUUCCGCUGGCUCACAAUAUUUUCGGUCUCAUUGGCCCCAAUGCAGGGCUCGGCUUUGCCAUAGGCAUGGUGGAUUCCUCUAUGAUGCCCACCAUGGGGCACCUGGUGGACCUGCGCCACGCCUCUGUGUAUGGGAGCAUCUACGCCAUUGCCGACGUGGCACUUUGCAUGGGCUUCGCUGUGGGCCCGACCACCGGGGGUGCCAUCGUGCAGGCCAUCGGUUUCCCCUGGCUCAUGGUCAUCAGUGGGGUCAUCAACAUCACCUAUGCUCCUCUCUGCUACUGCCUGCGGAGCCCCCCGGCCAAGGAGGAGAAGCUUGCGAUUCUGAGCCAGGAAUGCCCCAUGGAGACCCAGAUGUAUGUAACCCAGAAGCCCACGAAGGAGUUUCCCUUGGGUGAGGACAGCGAUGAGGAGCCUGACAAUGAGUAG